AUGAGGGGCACACAGCAGGCCCUGAGGGCCCUGAAGCACCUGGUGGUGCAUUUUGAGCCGGAGCUUCUGCAGCUCUCGGAGCGCCUGGUGUCCAGCUCGCUAGCCAGCACUUCGGGCGCCUCUGCUGCCGCGAUCAUGGCUGCGCUGCGCAGCGAGCCUGCCCUACAGCGCCUGGCGCCGCGGUUGCUGAGCACCCUGGCCGGCGGCGGGCGUGGCGGCGUGGCGCGGCAGGCGGGCCAACUUGCCGGCAGGCUGCUACGGCAGCAGGAGGCGCAGCAGGCGCAGGCGGUCGCCCCCUGGCGACGCCUGUUCAGCAGCGAGACGCCGCGCCGCGGCUGGGACAAGUUCUAUCCCAAGGGCAAGGGGCGGCGGCCAGAGGGGGAGGCCAAGGGGGCCAAGGAGGCGCCCAAGAAGCCUGCCGAGGGCGGCGUCGCCGGCGGCGGCGGCCCCGGCGGCCCCGGCUCCGACUCGUUCGAGGCCCUGACCAAGAAGGGCCUGCAGCAGGUGGCUCCCAUCCUGCUGGUCAUGCUGGCGGCGGCCACGCUGAUGGGCGCGGGGCGGCAGGAUGCGCAGGAGGUGUCGUUCCAGUGGUUCAAGGCGCAGCUGCUGGCCAAGGGGGUGGUGGACAAGGUGGAGGUGGCCAACAAGCAGAUGGUCAAGGUGUAUGUGCGCCCGGUGUCGGCGGGGCGCCGCCCCGCGGGCGCCGACGCCGGCGCCGGCGCCGGCGAGCUGCUGAUCGGAAGCGAGGGCGGGGCGGAGGACGCGGCGUACGGCGCGGGCGCGCCGGGCGGCGGCGGCGGCGGCGCGGGCGCGGGCCAGGGCCGCGGCGUCUACAAGUUUUACUUCAACAUCGGCAGCGUGGACUCGUUUGAGCAUGCGAUGGAGGAGGCGCAGGAGGCGAUGGGGGUGCCCAGCAACAAGAUGGUGCCCAUCGUGUACACCAGCGAGGUCAGCUGGCAGCAGGAGCUGUGGCGCCUCCUGCCCACCAUCCUGCUCAUCGGCGGCUACGUGUGGUUCACGCGCCGCCAGCUGGGCGGCCUGGGCGGCGGCGGCGGGCCCGGCGGCCGCGGCAUCUUCAACGUCGGCAAGGCCUCGAUCACCCUGCUGGACAAGAACGCCAAGAACAAGGUGACGUUCAAGGAUGUGGCGGGGUGCGACGAGGCCAAGGUGGAGAUCAUGGAGUUUGUGAACUUCCUGAAGAACCCGGGCAAGUACAAGGAGCUGGGGGCCAAGAUACCCAAGGGCGCGCUGCUGGUGGGGCCCCCCGGCACCGGCAAGACGCUGCUGGCCAAGGCCACCGCGGGAGAGGCGGGUGUCCCCUUCCUCACCAUCUCGGGCAGCGACUUCAUGGAGAUGUUUGUGGGGGUGAUCAGCGUUGAGGAGCGCAGGACUGUGGCCUACCACGAGGCCGGGCACGCGGUGACGGGCUGGUUCCUGCAGCACGCCGAGCCGCUGCUCAAGGUGUCCAUUGUUCCCCGCGGCAGCGCGGCCCUGGGCUUUGCCCAGUACCUGCCCAACGAGAACGUGCUGAUGACGACGGAGCAGCUGAACGACAUGAUGGCGAUGGCGCUGGGGGGGCGCGCCGCGGAGCAGGUCAUGCUGGGACGCAUCUCCACAGGCGCGCAGAACGACCUGGAGCGCGUCACCAAGAUGGCGUACAGCCAGGUGGCCAUCUAUGGCAUGAACCCCAAGGUGGGCCUGCUGUCCUUCCCUCCCGAGGAGGGCCAGCUGAACAAGCCCUACAGCGACGACACCGCGCGCAUCAUCGACGGCGAGGUACGCAGCCUGGUGGACCUGGCCUACCAGCGCACGGUACAGCUGCUGGAGGAGAAGAAGCACCUGGUGGAGGGCAUGGCGCAGGCGCUGCUGAAGAAGGAGGUGCUGGGGACGGAGGAGCUGGAGGCGCUGCUGGGUGCGCGACCCUACCGCUCCGCGGAGCUGCGCAACAUCGACAAGCUCAAGGCCGGGUUCAAGGGCGGCGCGGGCGGCGGCGGCGCUGCCUCGGGCGAGGGUGCAGAGGAGGCAGAGGUGCGCGCGCCGCCGCCCAGCACAGACACGCCGGCAGGCGACCUGGCACUGGCGGCCAAGCAGCUGCAAGACGGGGAGGGCGGGCCCGGGGUGGGGGCGCCAGAGGCGCCCUCGGUCGCAGCGGCGCGGGCGGAGCCCGAGCCCGAGGAGCAGCAGCAGCAGCAGCAGCAGCAGCAGGCAGAGGAGGCUGAGCACAAGAAGCGGCGGCCGCGCAUUGUGGCCACGUGA